AUGUAUCCUGUGGUAGGAAAUUCUCCACUAUUUCUUGCACCAGCUGAAUGCCUAAAUUCAGUAGUCGAUCCCCAUUUGCAGAUGGAUCAAGCGCAAAGGGAUUCGCUUCCAUUUGUAUCAGAUGGAAACUUGUGGCAAAAUCGACAAAUUCGCAGAGCGGUACCGCCUGAGUACCUUUGUCAUCUAUGUUUCCAGAAAGGCCACCUCAUCAAUGACUGCCCUUGGGCUCCGCCAAAGAGUAAAGGGCUUACGCCUUAUCAAGGCACAAAGAGAUGUUUUGGUGAAUAUGCAUGCGCCAAUUGCAAGCGUAAAUGGAUGAGCGGCAAUAGUUGGUCCAACGCUGGUCAGACUUGUAAAAUAUGCGGGGAAAGAGUUUACCCUCAUCGACAGAAACCGCUAGACCGAUCAGCCUAUAGCGGAAGCGAAUUUUGUCCCAGGAAAGAACAUCCACGCCACUUAUGUGAAAUGUGUAUGCAACUGGGCGAUUACUGCCGCAAGAAUAAAUCGAUAGGACAGUAA